AAUAAAUAAACACAACACACCCUUCUCCAUCCUCCUUUAUCUUUCCAGGCUCCUAUCUCUCUCUGUGAAAGUUUUCUUACUAUUAUUAUUGAUGUGAUUCUCCACCAUACUCAUGAUCAUCAACCCCAUCAAACUUUAACAAAAGAAAGUAAGUAAGAAAGAAAGAGCUAGCUUUCAAUUAGAGACCACACAAUAUUGAUCAUAUGGUUUUUUCAUCACUUCCUAAUUCCUAUCUAGAUCAUCCUAAUUGGCCUCAACAGCAGCCCACUGGAGGAGUAGUUCUUGGCGGCGGUGGUGGUGGUGGUGAUCAUGAGAUUUCUCAGCUUCCUCCUCAACUUAUGCGACCACCUCAUCCACCGCUAGGGAUCCACGGUGGGGAUGAGGAAAGAUCUUUGCAUGUAUCUGACCGAGGAAGAAUGAUGAAGAUGCCACAACCUCAUGAUACUGCAAUGAAAUGCCCUAGAUGUGAAUCAACUAAUACCAAGUUUUGCUACUUCAACAAUUACAGCCUAUCACAGCCCCGUCACUUUUGCAAGACUUGUCGGCGCUAUUGGACAAGAGGUGGCGCGUUAAGGAGCGUGCCAGUUGGUGGUGGUUGUCGAAGAAACAAGAAGACUAGUAAGGGAUCAAAGGGGAGUUCUAGCUCUAUGUCAAAGUCUUCUUCAGCUACUUCAAGCUCAACUAGUAAUGCUCCAAUUUCUUCUAACACGGAUAUGUUAGGGCAUUUGUCACACAAUAGUACUCGACCACCUCAAUUUCCUAUCAUGCCCCCCUUGCAUCACUAUGGAUCAGGUGGGGAUCUUGGAUUAACAUACGGGGCCGGAAAUGGAACUGAUUUGAUCAAUCUUGGUCAUGAUAGUAAUUACCCGAGUAGCAAAUUUUCACACUUUCCAUUUUUGGGAACUACUAAUAAUGGUGGGAUGUAUGGCGAAGGUCCAUCAAAUUACGGUGGACAAGUUGAAGGGAUGAAGAUGGAGGAAAAUAAUCAACAUCAUCAAAUACAACAACAACAAGGAUUGAAUAUGUCAAGAAACUUUCUAGGUAUGGCUGGAAAUGAUCCGUUUUUGGGUACUAGUAGUGUCCCAUGGGGUACAACUGAUCUCAGUGGCUUCACGUCUUCUUCUACCACCACCACCCAUCUCUUGUGAUUUACCUUGUUUGACAGACUUUCUAUUUUAAGCUUGCCUCUUUUUUCACAUGUGUGCGUGCAACAAAGGCAUGUAUAUUGCGCAUCACUUGUGAUCGAUUAAGUUUAGCAUUCGAUGCACAAUGGUAUUGGUAAACUUUGCACGCAACAUAUAAGAUGGAGCAGUCAUAUAUGUUGCAAUUGGUAUGAAGAAUUUCAUGAAAACCCUUAGAGCUAGCAAUAGUUUCUUGAUUCCGGUAAUCAUAUAUAUAUACAUAUAAUUUGGUUUGUUAUAUAUUGGGAUUAUAUUUGUAAGUUGUAAUGUACUAAUAUCGUGUGAGUUAAUUUA